AUGGCAAUAAUAUAUAUUCCCAGUAGCAGCACAAUGUUUCCAAUGCCUCAAAAAGUACUGAGACAAAAUAGAGAGGUUGUUGUCCCUGAGGAAAUCGGCCGCGCCAGAAUGCUCACAUUGAAUCGGCCUAACCAUUUAAAUUAUUUAUCACGCGCAUUAACGCUCGGGCAGAACUUUGAGAAAUAUGAGAAAGAUGAUAAUGCUGAUUUUGUAAUUAUCAAGGGAGCUGGUCGUACUUUUUCUGCUGGUGGGGAUUUGCAUUUGUUCUACAAGGGACGAAACACAAGGGAUUCUUGCCUUGAAGGUGUUUAUAGAAUGUAUUGGCUUUGCUACCACAUUCAUACUUACAAGAAACCACAUAUUGCUCUUGUCCAUGGAAUGUCUGUGGGUGGGGGUGCAUCCUUGAUGGCUCCAAUGAAAUUCUCUGUGGUCACUGAGAAAGCGUUUAGUUCCACUCCUGAAACAAAUAUAGGGUUCCACCCAGACUGCGGCUUCUCAUAUAUGCUUCCGCGUCUUCCAGGUCGACUAGGGGAAUACUUGGGCUUAACAGGAGAAAAACUAAAGGGUAAAGAAGUGGUUGCUGCUGGACUAGCCACUCAUUUUGUUCCUUCACAGAAAUUAUUUCAGCUAGAGAAGCGUUUGUUGAGCAUAAAAAGUGGUGAUGAGGAUACUAUUAGAUCUGUCAUCAAUGAAUUUUCCACAAAUAUUCAUAUUGAUGAAAGAAGUAUCUUGAACAAGUUGUCCAUAAUCAAUGAGUGUUUUUCCAAGGAUUCUGUGGAGGAAAUUAUUGAAUCAUUUGAAGCUGAGGCAAGCAGAAAAGGAAAUGAUUGGAUUAUGGCAGUGCUUAAAACCCUAAAGAAAGCAUCUCCAAUCGCAUUAAAAAUAACAUUGAGAUCGAUACGAGAAGGAAGGACACAAACUAUAUCUGAAUGUUUGAGGAGAGAAUUCAGGAUUUCAAUGAACAUACAACGAGCCAUAAUAUCUGGUGAUUUUUAUGAGGGCAUAAGGGCUCAGAUAAUUGACAAGGAUAAGUCUCCAAAGUGGAACCCUUCAACUCUUGACAAAGUGCAUGAUGAUCAACUUGACUUAAUCUUCAAGCCAUUUGAAGAUCAUGACUUGGAACUUCAAAUUCCUGUAAAAGAAGAAGAAGAAUACAGGUGGAGAGGAAAAUAUGAAAAUUCUAGCUAUUCUCAUCCCAACUAA